AUGCCAGUUAACCUGGGACACCAGGUCUACAACGCCUGGGUGUUCGGGGAGUUUCUGUGCCGCACCGUGCCGUUCGUUCAGGCUGUGUCGGUGUCUGCGAGCGUCCUGAGCCUGGCCGUGAUCAGUCUGAACCGCUACUACAGCGUGCACAACCCUCUACACGCCCGGUCCUUUUUUACCGGGCGGCGGAUACUGUGUAUGAUCUGUGUGGUGUGGAUCGUGUCGUCGGGGCUGUGCAUACCGCUCCUCUUCAUGAAUACCACCCAAACUCUGUCGCUGCUGGACAUCACCCUCACUGUGUGCGUGGAGAGCUGGAACCAAGUCAAACUGAAACAGAGAUAUAGCUUUCUGCUCUUCUGCUCUCUCUAUGGAUUCCCUGUGUUGUUUAACCUGGUCAUCAGCGUGCUGACCAGCUGGAAGCUGUGGGGCAACGACGAAAAACGGACGCAAGAUUCGAAUACAUUUGGCGUUACGCUAUCACUGUCCCGUCUGAAAGUGCGUAAAAGGAUCGCCAAGAUGGUGCUGUCGCUGGUUGUGCUUUUUACCCUGUCUUGGUUGCCUCUGUAUGUAGUGGACAUAUGGUUAGACUUUAACAUGACUUCAUCUUUAGAGAAAGAGGAGGAUGAUGUGAACCAUGUAUAUCAUGAGUGGAUUCUACAGGGGAGACCCUUCGCGCUAUGGCUGGGUCUAACCAACUCCGCUCUCAACCCGCUCUGUUAUUGCUUCGUGGGUAAUUUACACAGGUCUGCAAAACGAUUCAGGAAAAGCUACAGACAGAAACUGUCGUCAUUGUUAAGUCUGUCGCCACAGCAGUCCUCUAUGCCUAUGGGCAGCAACUCAGUGCCCAAGCUCGUGCCCUAUAGCAGGGCGCAAUCGGAGAAGCGCGGCGCAGAAAGGCGCGCAUCGAGCAGAUAUGCCAAUCCAGGCAACAAACUAAUCAAAAGCAAGAGCCUGUCGUCUGUGACAGUGUGUGAGACUGUUUUUGACUGA